CACACCGCGCAUUUCAUUUAGGUGAGAGGAGCGCCAGACUGCGCGUCUACAAGUGCGGCACAAUUGCAAGUGGAAGGGGAAGUAAAGCAGCAAGCAUGGAUCUGGUGAAAAUUGCCAUGUCCUUCCACAUUCUUCUGUGUCCUGCAUGGGCCUUUUCCCGUCACUCUUACAUGGACGGCAUCCUCUCAGCCCGCUCAGCCCUCAGGUUGCUGGAUGAGCCGGUGAGGUUCGACCCCUGUUGUCUCAUGUCACCUCCUCCGCCGCCGCUCUUCCCUCCUCCGCCUCAGCUUUGGAAGCGGGGCAGCCCCGAAGGCACGAGCAUGUUAGAACCGAGUGUUUUCGGAGGAGAGGUGCAGGAAAAAGAAAAACCUGUGGCACCGGGGUGUGAACCUGGACCUCCAGGACCUCCAGGACCACGAGGCCCAGAGGGUCAUGGUGGAUUACCUGGCAUCAGAGGACCAAGGGGGGAGAAGGGAGAAAUUGGACGUCCAGGGUCAAAGGGUCGUACUGGAGCUCCAGGCCUUCCAGGGAAACAAGGACUUCAAGGAUGGCCUGGUCCAGAGGGACCCAAGGGUGAGAAGGGUGAUUCAGGACUCAUGGGUUUACCAGGACUGAGGGGACCACCGGGAACAAAGGGUUUACCAGGUUACAAAGGAGAUAAGGGAACUCGUGGUGAUGCUGGCUCAGCAGGACCAAAAGGCGACAAGGGUUCCAUCGGUUUGCCAGGAAUGCUUGGGCAGAAGGGUGAGCAAGGACCAAAGGGAGAAGCAGGAGUCUCAGGGAAGAGAGGACCGACUGGGCGCCCAGGAAAGAGAGGCAAACAGGGCAUGAAGGGCCAUGGUGGAUCCCCUGGAAUCAUGGGCCCCCCAGGUCCCCCAGGCUCCAACGGCCACCCUGGGCCACCUGGUCCACCUGCCUCAGGUCUGUAUCUCGUAGGGGAAAAGGGUGAGAAAGGUCUUCCAGGUCCACCAGGUCACUGCGACUGCGACACCACUCCUGGAGCAAAUAAUGCACCUUUUGGAAGCUACACAGAUCGACGCGGCAGCAACAAAGUCGCUGCAAUAUUUGUGGUCAACAGUGAAGAGGAGAUGGGCCGUCUACGUCUCGACAAUUCAAUAGCAUUCAGGAAGGAUCAGAGGAUGUUGUACUUCAGAGAUAAAGACGGAUGGAAGCCCAUACAGCCCUUCCAGCCGUUCCAGUCCACAGAGAAAGUCCCGGACAGAGUUGGUGUAUGUGGUGAUGGAAAGGUGCAGGCCCAGCAUGGAGAGGAGUGUGAUGAUGGAAACCAGAUUGUAACUGACGCUUGUCUCAACUGUAAGUGGGCCUACUGUGGAGAUGGCUAUCGACAUGAAGGCAUGGAGGAGUGCGACGGAAAGGACUUUGGUUACCAGACCUGCAAGUCCUACCUUCCUGGAUCCUUUGGGCAGCUCAGAUGCACCGACUCUUGCGUCAUUGAUUCUACUGGCUGCAAGUACUUCACCUGAAUUCAAAAGUUUCAAAAUGGCCACAGUGGAUCUCUGCAAUUCCUCUUUCUGAUCAAGGGGAUUCUACUUCAGAUUUCUACUGAAGUCUCACCCCUUAUUAAAAACUGACUGACUGAGAGGGAAGCUCUUGUGCCUGCUCUGAGCCAUGAAAAGUGAUGGGAGUCAGCUUUAAAUCGACUGUCCCCCUUGAGGUUUAAUCCUGAACUGGCCUCAGAGAACAGCUUCUUGCUGUACAGUCACACCAUCGGCUGCAGGACUGUUAUGGACACUGGUGAUGGUGGGAUUUAAUGAUUGUAUCAUAUGAAAUAUUUACAAUGUCUAUGACUUGCUGACUGUUAAUGCAGAAAUAAGCUGUGUUCUUUUUAAUAAGAGAGAAAGAAAAAAAAGCCUCUUUCAAAGAAGCAGUGGUAUUAUAUAUACCGUAGUAUGCAAAUCAGGGGUGUGUAAAUGUGUUUAUUCCUGUGCAAUGUAUUACAAAACAAAUAUUUAUGAAGUGCAAUGCUGUGAUAUUGCAUGUAAAUGUGUUUCGGUGCACAACAGACUGCUUUAACCAGUGCUGUAAAUGUACAAGCCAAAGUGUGGCCCUUUAGAAGUGAAUGUCAAAUAAUCCGACAGAAGGAAAAUGAAUGUCAUAUUCUUACAGCAAUAGCAAAAAAAAAGAAGAACCUGUGAAUACUGCAGCAGCAUGAAGUUACAUCAAAAUGAAUCCAGUAAAAUGUGAUUAGUUGAGAAUCUGCCUGCAUGACUGUAAAUUUCAUAAAAACACUAAUAAAGUUCAGGCACAAGCU